UCCUACUUUUCAUCACUCAAAAUUUACGAAAGUUUCCUCCUUUCAUGUUCCUACACUCCACAACUUGAGUUUUUUCUUCUUGAAACUCGUCAUAUGUCCAAUUUUUUCCUUUGUAAAAUCCCAUAGGCUUCACAUAAAAUCAUUUAGAAGAGCUUAAUUUGAUGGGAAUUUAAAAGGGUUGUCUUGAAAUACUUCAAUUUUUUCUAAUCUUGAAAAACUGUAGUAAGCUCAAAGGUGACAUUUUUAUCUUGUCAUAAGCAAGAAAGUUCAAAAUGUUGCCUAAAGAACCAUCAUUUUGUAUAUAUAAUACAGAGGAUGGGGUUGAUGAGUUGAAGGAAAAUCAAGAUUUGGUUAGGUCUGUGACAAUAGGGGAUAUUGUAUCAGAUAUAGGUAGUAGUGAUUUCAGUUUUGGGAAAAAGGGGAUGGGGUUGAUUGAGGAAGAUGAGAAUGAAGAUGAGGAAAAAAGGGUUUUUUAUGAGGUUAAUGAGCUAGGAUUUGAAGAGAGUGAACGAGUAAUUAGUUCAAAGUAUCAUGGUGGGGUUGAGUUUGAAUGUUUAGAUUUUGAUGGAAAUGGGGAUGUUGAGGAAUAUUAUAAAAGGGUUCUUAAAGAAGAUCCCUCUAACCCUUUGUAUUUGAGGAAUUAUGCUCAACUUUUGCAGUCUAAGGGAGAUCUUCCUGGAGCUGAACACUAUUACUUUCAAGCUACACUAGCUGAUCCAAAAGAUGGAGAUACCUUGUCACUGUAUGCUAAGUUAGUAUGGGAGCUGCACCAAGAUAAAGAUAGAGCAUCAGAUUACUUUGAACGUGCAGUACGUACUGCUCCUGAGAACAGCCAUGUUCUUGGAGCAUAUGCUAGUUUCCUCUGGGACAUUACUGACGAUGAAAGUGAGGAUGAAAUGAACACACAGAGUGAUAAGACUAAGAUUGAGGAAAGUGGGGAAGCUACUGUAUCCCGGAACUUAGAUUACGAAGAAGCUGACAGACCUGUUAGCCCUCCCUUACAUCUUGCAGCAGGAUUAGGAAUUGGGGUUAAUCUAGUUGGUGGCAGCUCUCCUGUUGAUUAUACUGCAGCUGUAUCUGAUAUGGACGGAAAUGCCGAGGAGGAGUACAUGAGAAUGAUCAAAGAAAAUCCUCAUAACUCCAUGCUUUUAAGAAACUAUGCUCAGUUUCUUAGUCAGUCUAAGGGAGACCUACUAGGUGCUGAAGAAUAUUACUCACACGCAAUACUAGCGGAUCCUACUGAUGGAGAAACUAUUUCACAGUAUGCCAUGUUGAUAUGGCAACUUCAUCAGGAUAAAGAUAAAGCCUCAACCUACUUUAAGAGGGCAGUUCAAGCUUCUCCACAAGACAGCGACGUGCUUGCUGCAUAUGCUAGGUUUCUCUGGCAAACAGAGGAAGAUGAAGACGGAGAAGAAGAUGAAACGUUAGGUGAUCACAAUGGAGCACCACUUCUGCAAGGAGUCGCCUAAAGCCUGAUGUCAAAUGAAUUUCUUCACAAUCCAGCUUCUAAUUCAUAUUUUAGUUUCUCAAGCUUUUCGCAUUAUCUAAAGACUUGGAGCUUUCUCUUGUUGUGGAGGAUCAAGCAUUCUGGGAAAAUUUUUAGAUGGUAAAUGUUGUUUAAUGAGCAAUAAAAUGUGCACAAUAAUGUUAAAUUGACUUUGUACAAUGUUCUUUUUGGGAAUAAUAAUAGCAGAUGAAAGAGUUGAAUAAAAAUUUAAAUGGAGACUCCUCAUUGUAGUAA